UGGAAGACAGUCCGGGGUCUCCAUUUCAGCGUCAGAUCUCUCUCAGUCUAGCUGCAGAUCCGAGCUCAACUUGAUUGCACGCGCCGCCGAUGUGUCGAUUGAGCUUCCUGAUUUCUGCUCUGCCGCUGGCGGCGGCGGCUCUGCUGCUUUGGUCUCGAGCGGUUGACGCGUCGGUGCAUGAGUACGCCGGCCAGAAAUUCGUCGGAAAAGGAAAUGCUUUCGUUGUCCACGGUGGAAGCGAGGGGAUUUACUCUUCUGCUCCUGGACUGAAUGAAUCUUCGCCCGGAGAUUCGUUUAUACGGUUCGAUAAGAUUGUCUUCCGGAGACCUGAGAAGCUUUCUAACUUCAGUUCAGGAUCAGUUUAUGCACUUCUGUUUGAGGUUGAUGACAGGGAGACAAUUGGUGGUUCGGCAUAUGGAGGUCAAAGAGCUGUGUGCUGCACGGCAGAUCUGGCAAAGCUCGGAGUCUGCAAGGAAGGGCAGAUCAUUCACCGUCCAUCUGCUGGUAAUCCAGGUUGGCCUCAAGUAUUCGGUGCCUCAUUUGAUAUGGAUACAACAGAGACUUCUCUACAGUCGACAUCUAUACAAAUUACGAAAUCAGGAAUGUAUAACUUAUACUUCAUUCACUGUGAUCCGAAGCUUAAAGAGGUUGUUGUUGAUGGUAAAACUGUCUGGAAAAACCCCACUGGUUACCUGCCUGGUAGAAUGGCGCCACUGAUGAAUUUCUAUGGAUACAUGUCUCUUGCAUUUGUGCUACUUGGAAUUUUCUGGUUUUCGCAGUACGCCAGAUUCUGGAGAGAAGUUCUUCCUCUACAAAACUGUAUCACACUGGUUAUAACAUUGGGAAUGUUUGAGAUGGCGUUGUGGUACUUUGAUUAUGCUGAGUUCAACGAAAGUGGAGUAAGACCAACUGGAACAACUAUCUGGGCCAUUACCUUUGGAACUGUGAAACGUACUGUUUCACGAUUGAUCAUCCUCAUUGUUUCGAUGGGUUAUGGCGUUGUCAGACCUACUUUAGGUGGCCUCACAUCGAAGGUUAUUUUACUUGGAGGGACUUUCUUUGUUGCAUCAGAAUUACUUGAAGUGAUUGAAAAUGUUGGUGCUGUAAGUGAUCUCUCCGGGAAAGCUAUAUUUAUAUUUGUCCUCCCGGUGGCAAUUUUGGAUGCUUUCUUCAUCAUCUGGAUAUUUACGUCCCUAUCUUCGACUUUGAAUAAGCUUCAGGCCAGGAGAAUGACUGCCAAGUUAGAGAUUUACAGAAAGUUCACGAAUGCAUUGGCCACUGCAGUAGUUCUGUCUAUUGGGUGGAUUUUCUACGAGCUUCAUUUCAAGUCACACGAUGUUUACAAUGAGCAAUGGCGCAAUGCUUGGAUUAUUCCUGCCUUCUGGCAAGUGUUGUCUUUCUCGCUCUUGUGUGUCAUAUGCGCUCUUUGGGCGCCGUCACAGAACUCAAUGAGAUAUGCUUACUCUUCCGAGGAUCCUGAAGAAAUUUUUGACAAAGAUGACACUUUAAAACUCAUCAAACCAAUCCCUUUGACCCCUACGGAUGCUGCAACGAGCCCUGACACCAGAUCGGCCAUGAGUGGCAAUGGUUUAACCCAUACCGAUCUUGAAGAAGAAAAGACUGCAUAAGGUCAGAUGUAUUAUAUCUGUGCAACUGUAACAUUAAUUUAUAAGGAUACCGAUCUUGGGAAUACAUGAUUUGUCACCAUUCUGUUAUAGAAAUUACGAGCGGAUGGAAAAGGAGUAUAGCUAAUUAGAUUUGUGGAAUCUGUCGAUCGGGUAGUCCUAGUUUUCUCCUGUCUUGCUUUCUUGCUUGUCACACAUCCAUCACUGCUGUUUACACAUAUUUAUUCAUUGAAUUUCAUAUCUAACUAACAGUUAACAAUAUGAUUUACU